AUGGCAGAGCUGGGGGUCAACCUCAAGCCCCUACACAUCAAAAGGUUAAAGGUCAAGUCAGCCCAUUGGAUGGCUCCUGGGGUAACUGGGGAGGAGGGGCCUCCCUCUUCCCCCACACAAAUCCCCUCGACCAAUCAGGAAGAAGUCUGUGUUUUUUGUUUCAGUGAGCUCUCCUUCAUCACAGAACCCAGUGAUGUUGUAGUAAUAACCAGGGAUCCAGUGACCCUGGACUGUGUGGCCCACGGACAGCCUCCCAUCACCAUCAGAUGGCUGAGGAAUGGAGUCAGGGUAGAGGAGAGCGAACGGCUACAGAUCCUGUCCAACGGAUCACUGUACAUACCUGAGGUCAGGAGAGAUGGGGAGGAGUCAGACAAAGGGUUCUAUCAAUGCCUCUCUCAGAAUAGAUAUGGAGCCAUAUUUAGCCAAAGACUGACUAUCACAAAUAUCUCACCGUUCGUGGUGCAUCCUGUGCUCUUGGAGGUGACUGAGGGUUCCGUGGCCAGGUUCACCUGUCAGGUGACCUCUAACCCUCCUGCCAGCGUGACCUGGGAGCUAGACCAAAGCACACUACCGCUGGAGACAGACAGAAUCACAGUCCUGCCCAACGGAGUUCUCCAGAUCCACAACGUCCAGCUAGAGGAUGCUGGGAAGUACCGCUGUGUGGCCACCAAUAUCGGCAACCGCGUCAACAGCAGCGAGGCAACGCUCUCCGUUAUCAAACCAGGUGUUGGCCCUAAGCCCCGUCAGACGCCCCGGAUCGUAGCGGGCCCCCAGAAUGUGUCGGUGUCCCUCCACCACACUGUGCUUCUGGAGUGUAUCGCUACGGGCAACCCCAGACCCAUCAUAUCCUGGAGCCGAGCCGACAGUAAACCCAUUGACGUGUACAAUGCCAGGGUGCUGGGCAGUGGGAACCUCUUGAUCAGUAAUGUGAAGCCUCAGCACAAUGGGGUCUACAUCUGUAGAGCCUCCACACCAGGAACUCGUAACUACACCAACGCUGCUGCCAACCUCACCGUGCUCGAGCCUCCGUCCAUGGUGGAGAGGCCAGAGAGCCAGACUCGUCCCAGGGCUGGCACUGCCCGUUUCAUGUGCCAGGCUCAGGGUGUGCCCCCACCUCGCAUCACCUGGCUGAAAAAUGGAGAGGAGGUGCACCUGAACGGCAGGAUCAAGAUGUACAACAGUAAACUGGUGAUCACUCAGAUCAUCCCGGAGGAUGAUGCCAUUUACCAGUGUGUGGCGGAGAACGAGCAGGGCAGCGUUCUGUCCCUGGCACGCCUCAUCGUGGUGAUGUCUGAGGAUCGGCCCAGCGCGCCCAGGAACAUCCACGCUGAAACCAUCUCCUCCUCAGCCAUCCUACUGGCCUGGGAGAGACCCAUCUACAACGCUGACAAAGUCAUUGCGUACUCUGUACACUACAUGAAAGCUGAGGGACUAAACAAUGAGGAGUAUCAGGCAGUGAUUGGCAACGACACGACCAGCUACAUUAUAGAUGACUUGGAGCCAGCCUGGAACUACUCUUUUUACAUUGUGGCCUAUAUGCCGAUGGGAGCUAGCCGUAUGUCUGACCAAGUCUGUCAACACACUCUGGAGGACGUGCCCCUACGUACCCCGGAGCUCAGUUUGACCAGCCACAGCCCUACAGACAUCCAGGUGUCGUGGCAACCCCUGUCCACCAAACUGUCCCGUGGUAACAUCUGGGCCUACCGACUCUCCUACCGCACGGCCACAGACGCCACGGUUUUGUCUGUGGAACUGGCCCAGAACAACACCCAGUACCCCCUCGGUGACCUUCAGCCUGAUACCAUCUACCUUCUCCGGAUCUCUGCAGCCACCAGGGUGGGGUGGUGUGAACCCUCCUCCUGGACCUCCCACCGCACUCCCAAAACCUCCAGUAAUAAAGUGCCACCUGCCCCACUGCUGCAGCAACUGGAGCCUCUCAACUGCACCUCCAUCUUGGUUCGAUGGCAGCCAUCUCCAGGCUCCGUGGUCGUCCAGGGUUACCAGCUCUGUUACCAUGAGGAGGGCCAACCAGAACAGCCCUCCAUCCAGCUCCAGCCUGAGGACACAGAAUACACCAUCAGUGGCCUGGACCCAAGGAGGAAGUACCAUGUGAAACUGCUGGCAUUAAGCCUUGUAGGAGAUGGUUACCAGGCCGACCAGACACUCAGCACCCCAGGAUGUGUGUCUGUACGAGAUCACCCGGUGGCCUCCCCUCCAGCCCCGGACCAUGUGAGUGCGGUGGCUAACAGCUCGUCAGCAGUGUACCUGCGUUGGAGCCGUCCUGCCUUCGCCUCUCGGAAGGCUGUCAGCUACACAGCUCGCUGUACGCCUGUGGGCCUGAUGAACGCAUCAGCCAUACGCUACAUACAGACUACCAACCAGAGUGUGCUGAUACAGAGCCUGGACUCCAACACUCGCUAUGAGUUAGUGGUGCGUCUCCAUGUCGACCAACUGGCCAGUCCCUGGAGCGUGGUUGUCUUUCAGAGAACUCUACCAGCAGCACCCAGCCACCCUCCUGAAGGUGUGAGGGUGUCUCUGAUUGAGGACGGCACAGCCCUGGUUUCCUGGAGAGAACCAGAGGAGAACAACCUGGCAGUGACGCACUACACCAUCCUGUACGCCUCACAGAGGGCCUGGCUGGCCGGAUACUGGCAGACACUGCAGAGGGAGGGAAGUAACACCAUGGCCCUGCUGGAGCGUCUGGAGCCUGGUAACGUCUACCUGGUGAAGAUCUCUGCCUCCAACCAGGUGGGAGACGGGCCCUUCUCUACUACUGUGGAGCUGGCCCUGGGGCCUGGGUCUAGACACCGAGGGAAGAGCCCCAGGCACUCAGGCAGCGGCUCCUCCUCAGACACCACAGUUUUCUCUGACGGCCUGUACCACACGGAGCAGAAUUCCAUGACCGGGAUCAUCGUGGGGGUCUGCAUCGCUCUGGCCUGUAUAGUGAUGUGUACCAUCAUCCUCAUCAGCAAAGGCAGAUCCAGGAAAUCUUCCAUCUGUAAGAUCAUGGACGUAGUGAACGGUGAGGGAACCCAUGGUCCACAUACUGCUUUGGCCCUGGCCAGUGAACACCAGGCUGAGAACAUAGAGGCCCUGAUGCCCAUGAUGGCACCACACUUCAUUGAUGCCAAGGGUGGGACAAACCUGGUGAUUACAGGAGCCGGCCCGGUCUGCGGUUUCAACCGCAGUAAGAGAUGGCACUUUUUUAAGAGGGAGAGAUACAAUAGAAAUACAAGCCAGGUCGGUCUUCAGACAUGAACCAAAUCAUGUUGCUGCUAUUAAAAUACCAGUCUUCAACAUGGAGUUUACAGUAUUGAGUAUUGGUCAUUUGUUAUACAAUGUUGUUAUACAACAAAUAUCUCUCCUCUCCUUUAUCUCUAUGCUGAGAACACAGCACGUUUGUACGAGGCAGGGAAGACCGUUCUGUGUUACGAGGAGAAGGAAGGUGCGCCUCCCCUCCAGCCCUCCAGCCUGCAUAUCCUGUUCGGGCCACUAGGGGACUUGGAGAGCUCCGGGGGCUUCAGUGAGGGAAACAGCUCUGGAACUACUGAGACCAGCGACGGAAGUCGGGAGACAGGAGACUCUGGUCACUACUCCAACGAAGAGAUAAGCAAUGAGAUGAGCAACUCGUCCACAGCCACCUCAGGCCGUAACUCCAGGCCUCCGUCCUUCGGGUCGGAGUUAGAUGACAGCCCAACUCCAGAGAAGGAAGAAGAAGAAAAGCCUGGUUUUAAAGUGGAAUCUGAGGUGACGCCACUAAGACCUCCCUACCGUCUCUACCAUGGUCUCCACCAGCCUGGUCAUGACACUGUCCAGCAUCCCUGUUCCCUCUCGGCUGAGGAAGCUGUUUAUCCUGCCCAGGCCACGGUCCAGCAUCCCUCACAUCCCUGUUCCCUGUCGGCUGAGGAAGCUAUUUAUCCUGCCAAGGCCACCGUCCAGCAUCCCUGUUCCCUCUCGGCUGAGGAAGCUAUUUAUCCUGCCCAGGCCACGGUCCAGCAUCCCUCACAUCCCUGUUCCCUGUCGGCUGAGGAAGCUAUUUAUCCUGCCCAGGCCACCGUCCAGCAUCCCUGUUCCCUCUGGGCUGAGGAAGCUGUUUAUCCUGCCCAGGCCACCGUCCAGCAUCCCUGUUCCCUCUCGGCUGAGGAAGCUGUUUAUCCUGCCCAGGCCACGGUCCAGUCAGCAGGCUCGUCCUGGUGAUAGGUUACCCAACCUGAAUGCGGCUUAUUUUCAGUUGAAGCAGCCCACCUUUCUCGCUUCUUUGCCUCCUGAAAUGGGUCCUUGGGCAAGGAACAUACAGGUACAUAGAGGGAUCAGGACGUUUAAGGUUUAAGGAGGAAAUGGGUGUUUGCUUCAGGUCUACCUCAAGAUAUUUGUAAUGAAUGGUGUUGUUUUCCUGUUUCAUUUUGAUCUUAUUUUCAGUCUGUCUGGUUUCUGUCUUUGUGUCAGGUCUUUAGGGAUGAUUUCUUAGACACCAACCUCAGCGGGGGUCGGUGACAACCGGAUGCAUCCGGUUUUCAAGGGAACUGGAAAGAGAGACUUCUGCUUUAGGAUGUUAACAAGUCGACAUUCCAUCUUAACUCCUCCUCCACUUUUACAGGAUUGGUUGAACAGUGUAGAAGAGCCCCCUCCAUUAGCACAACAAAGAAAGAAACACCACACAGAUGAUUCUUUGUCAUGAAUUGGUGAAAGGGAUGUUAUGGGAUCCUGAUAAGCUUGUUCAGUGAAGAUUGGACAUUGGAAGGAGCUUUUUAUUAUAAUUUUUUUUACAAAACUAAGCUUAAUCUUUGUCUGGGAAACCAGUCCUUAAUGUCUGUCCUAAACCAAAGCUUACCCAACAAUGAAUGUUCAAAAGGAUGUAAAAAAUAUAUUGGUUUAUGAUACAUUCUAUAAUUAAGGAGAUUAUUUUCUUCCAUUGAAGCAGAGGGUUGGUGACCCUCCUCAUUGCUGAUUGUCUACCUCAGUUACUCUGACUCUGUAUAUAUAGUACUACCUCAUUUACAACAAUAUAUUGUGCAAGUACCGUAUUAUAGUACUACCUCAUUUUAAGGGUAUAUUGUGCAGUAUUAUUUACCCCAACUCAGGGUAAUGAGGGUUGAAAAUAUUUCAAAGCCAUGUCGUCUUACCUGCAGGAGUUAUAGUUACAGGCUGAAUUUAGUUUGAAGAUUUGUGAAAAUUCCUUUAGGAAUUUUUAUUUUAUUUUUUUGAAAAGGUUGGAAAAGUGUUUUUUUUUUAAUGACGAGCCUCUUCAGUAUAGUUCUAACAUUGAAGUGCAUUAGAUACUGUAUCACCAGUCUCUAUUUGAGUAAGAUCAAGUAACUAAAAAUUAAACGUUGAACUGGCAUUUGCAGUACGGCGUACCUUUAAAAGCUUUAAAAUGGCCUUAUUACGUGGAAAAGGGCUUUGCAGAUGAUUGUAGAUACAGAGAACCAAAGAAAGAGUAGGAACACGCGACAUAACAGCCCUACAGUAUUGUAAUAAGUGUCCUCUGAAUCAUUUCGCUGCCGUGUCAAGUGUGUAUAUUUCUCAUUGAAUUAUCGAGUUGAAUACAAUUCUUAUUGUACAUUUUCAAGACACGGUUUAUAUCUGGUUGAAAGCUUUAGUGCUCUGUCUUUCAGACGAGUGUUCUCCAUUUGCCUUCUAUGUACAGUAGAUCAUUGAUGCUGAAUGCAGUGUUGACACUGUGCUAUUAGAUGCCAAAGAGUUGUCUACUUCCUCAGAUGGGGGGGAUUCAGAUAGAUGAUAGAUCAGACUGGAGGACUGAUGGGUCCUCCAGAUAGAUCAGACGGGGGAGGACUGAUGGGUCCUCCAGAUAGAUCAGACGGGAGAACUGAUGGGUCCUCCAGAUAGAUCAGACGGGAUGAUGUCACAGGAGAUUCCAGAGUUGGGGCUAGUUCCAUAUCAAUUCAGUCAGUUCCGGGAGUAAACUGAAAUUCCAAUUCUUUUCAAAAGGGAAAUUUGAGAAUUUUGAAAUUUCAGUUAAACUUACAGAAUUGACUGAAUUGAACUGGAAUUAAGCCCAACACGGACAGGAGUUUGUCUCACACCAAAACAAAGAAUCCAGUCAGUGUAUUGACAGAGAUAGUGGAUGGAUGAAGAAGCAUUUGCAUUCAUCAAGCUGAUAUCACCUGCGGUCAACAAUUCACAUGAAUACCAUUUUUUAAAUCAAUGAAUGUUGUAUGAUGGAGAAAUGUAUAUUUGUAUCCACUAUAUUUCUAGCCUGGUACCAUAUUUGUUUGUGCUGUAUAGCAUGCCAGCCAUGACAAUGACCAUAGGAGUUGGCUACACAGAUUAAACACAUCUGGAAACAGGCUACUAUUAUAUUACACCCCAGGUUGACAAUAUCACAAGAUUCUGACUAUCAAAUCAAUAACCCCUAUGUGUGAAGAGCAACGUAAUCAAGUUUUAUCUCUUUGAAAAGCAAAUAAUCUUGACCAAAGAAGAUGUUGUUUUUAAUCAUUAGUUUGUUUGGUUUUACUUCUUUUUUUUCUCACAACAGUAUUUGCAUAAUGUGUUAUAAGUUGCUAGGAUUUUGAUUAACUAGAAAAAGGCAUUUUUAAAAGUCGAAUCAUUGUGAUGCCAAGUUCCAUUUUGUUUUGUGUGGCUUGAGAGGUCAAAGAGCGUUCAGUUUUCAGUUGGAUCGUGUUCAUAAGAUUUCACCUGAAAGAUGUUAAAAGUUUACUUUUGGGACUUUUUAAAAACAUUUUAUGGUUUUGUUUAUUUUAGGAUAGUUUUAUUUUGUGGUAAAGCAUAUUUUUCCUGAGGUCAUGUUUACACUUGACACUUGCAUGUGACUUCUGCUAUCGGAAAUACGAAGGUCGCAUUGAAAAGACGGGUCUCUUUGUGGUCUGAUUAUGGUCAAACUCACUUCGGGAGUUGGUCAGGGAUGCAUUGUGUUCGGAUCUGGUUACCACUUCGGGAGUUGGUCAGGGAUGCAUUGUGUUCAGAUCUGGUUACCACUUCAGGAGUUGGUCAGGGAUGCAUUGUGUUCAGAUCUGGUUACCACUUCAGGAGUUGGUCAGGGAUGCAUUGUGUUCAGAUCUGGUUACCACUUCGAGAGUUGGUCAGGGAUGCAUUGUGUUCGGAUCUGGUUACCACUUCAGGAGUUGGUCAGGGAUGCAUUGUGUUCAGAUCUGGUUACCACUUCAGGAGUUGGUCAGGGAUGCAUUGUGUUCAGAUCUGGUUACCACUUCGGGAGUUGGUCAGGGAUGCAUUGUGUUCAGAUCUGGUUACCACUUCGGGAGUUGGUCAGGGAUGCAUUGUGUUCAGAUCUGGUUACCACUUCAGGAGUUGGUCAGGGAUGCAUUGUGUUCAGAUCUGGUUACCACUUCAGGAGUUGAUCAGGGAUGCAUUGUGUUCGGAUCUGGUUACCACUUCAGGAGUUGGUCAGGGAUGCAUUGUGUUCAGAUCUGGUUACCACUUCAGGAGUUGGUCAGGGAUGCAUUGUGUUCAGAUCUGGUUACCACUUCGGGAGUUGGUCAGGGAUGCAUUGUGUUCAGAUCUGGUUACCACUUCGGGAGUUGGUCAGGGGUGCAUUGUGUUCAGAUCUGGUUACCACUUCAGGAGUUGGUCAGGGAUGCAUUGUGUUCGGAUCUGGUUACCACUUCGGGAGUUGGUCAGGGAUGCAUUGUGUUCAGAUCUGGUUACCACUUCGGGAGUUGGUCAGGGAUGCAUUGUGUUCAGAUCUGGUUACCACUUCAGGAGUUGAUCAGGGAUGCAUUGUGUUCGGAUCUGGUUACCACUUCAGGAGUUGGUCAGGGAUGCAUUGUGUUCAGAUCUGGUUACCACUUCAGGAGUUGGUCAGGGAUGCAUUGUGUUCAGAUCUGGUUACCACUUCGGGAGUUGGUCAGGGAUGCAUUGUGUUCAGAUCUGGUUACCACUUCGGGAGUUGGUCAGGGAUGCAUUGUGUUCAGAUCUGGUUACCACUUCGGGAGUUGGUCAGGGAUGCAUUGUGUUCAGAUCUGGUUACCACUUCGGGAGUUGGUCAGGGAUGCAUUGUGUUCAGAUCUGGUUACCACUUCAGGAGUUGGUCAGGGAUGCAUUGUGUUCAGAUCUGGUUACCACUUCGGGAGUUGGUCAGGGAUGCAUUGUGUUCAGAUCUGGUUACCACUUCGGGAGUUGGUCAGGGAUGCAUUGUGUUCAGAUCUGGUUACCACUUCAGGAGUUGGUCAGGAAUGCAUUGUGUUCAGAUCUGGUUACCACUUCGGGAGUUGGUCAGGGAUGCAUUGUGUUCAGAUCUGGUUACCACUUCGGGAGUUGGUCAGGGAUGCAUUGUGUUCAGAUCUGGUUACCACUUCAGGAGUUGGUCAGGGAUGCAUUGUGUUCGGAUCUGGUUACCACUUCAGGAGUUGGUCAGGGAUGCAUUGUGUUCAGAUCUGGUUACCACUUCAGGAGUUGGUCAGGGAUGCAUUGUGUUCAGAUCUGGUUACCACUUCAGGAGUUGAUCAGGGAUGCAUUGUGUUCGGAUCUGGUUACCACUUCAGGAGUUGGUCAGGGAUGCAUUGUGUUCAGAUCUGGUUACCACUUCAGGAGUUGGUCAGGGAUGCAUUGUGUUCAGAUCUGGUUACCACUUCAGGAGUUGGUCAGGGAUGCACUGUGUUCAGAUCUGGUUACCACUUCGGGAGCUGGUCAGGGAUGCAUUGUGUUCAGAUCUGGUUACCACUUCGGGAGUUGGUCAGGGAUGCAUUGUGUUCAGAUCUGGUUACCACUUCAGGAGUUGGUCAGGGAUGCAUUGUGUUCAGAUCUGGUUACCACUUCAGGAGUUGGUCAGGGAUGCAUUGUGUUCAGAUCUGGUUACCACUUCGGGAGUUGGUCAGGGAUGCAUUGUGUUCAGAUCUGGUUACCACUUCAGGAGUUGGUCAGGGAUGCAUUGUGUUCAGAUCUGGUUACCACUUCGGGAGUUGGUCAGGGAUGCAUUGUGUUCAGAUCUGGUUACCACUUCAGGAGUUGGUCAGGGAUGCAUUGUGUUCAGAUCUGGUUGCCACUUCGGGAGUUGGUCAGGGAUGCAUUGUGUUCAGAUCUGGUUACCACUUCGGGAGUUGGUCAGGGAUGCAUUGUGUUCAGAUCUGGUUACCACUUCGGGAGUUGGUCAGGGAUGCAUUGUGUUCAGAUCUGGUUACCACUUCGGGAGUUGGUCAGGGAUGCAUUGUGUUCAGAUCUGGUUACCACUUCGGGAGUUGGUCAGGGAUGCAUUGUGUUCAGAUCUGGUUACCACUUCGGGAGUUGGUCAGGGAUGCAUUGUGUUCAGAUCUGGUUACCACUUCAGGAGUUGGUCAGGGAUGCAUUGUGUGCGGAUUUCUCCUCAGUCUGGACACAAUCAGGCUACCGAAAGUGCAUACAGUGGGCGAUGCCAUCAGCACUCCUCUCAUAAGUCUCCAGAAAGCUUGUUUUGAAAUCGAGAGGCGCCUUUUUCAUUAUAACGUUGGAGGACAUACAUUGUUAGUGUGUGAGGAACGUGUUUGCUGGCCUCAGAAAUGCUAGCCAACAAGCUAAUAUUUAGAAUAGCUAUUUUUUUUUGUUUGGCUAGUGUUAUGCAAACCCUUUUGCAAUCCCUUUAGUGUUGCUUGCUAGCUACAGAGGUUAGCUGGCUGGUUAGCUACAGAGGUUAGCUGGCUGGUUAGCUACAGUAGUUAGCUACAGAGGUUAGCUGGCUGGUUAGCUACAGAGGUUAGCUGGCUAGUUAGCUACAGUAGUUAGCUACAGAGGUUAACUGGCUAGUUAGCUACAGUAGUUAGCUACAGAGGUUAGCUGGCUAGUUAGCUACAGAGGUUAGCUGGCUAGUUAGCUACAGUAGUUAGCUAUUGCCAUCAGUUGUUGUUGUGUUAUUAUCAUAUUUAGCCUAUUCCACCGUUUGUAGAAUGCAUACUGGCAUUUGAAUAUAGCGCAGGAAAAAGGGGAAUCCGGACACAAUGUGGACACGGAAGACACAUUUAUUUGUAGGUGUAGACACAUGACACUUUCAGAAUUCCCUGAUCAGAAUUCCAUGAUCAGAAUUCCCUGAUCAGAAUUCCCUGAUCAGAAUUCCCUGAUCAGAAUUCCAUGAUCAGAAUACUAAAGCUGCGUGAACUGUCAAGUCUAGACACGGCCUUAGAUGGAUAUAAGAAAAGACUGGGCUAUUAUCCCCCUCUUGUCUGUGUUCUCCGAGCCUGCGUCAGGGACAGGUGUUGUCGGCUAGGGGAGCCUGCUGCCUUUGCCGGACACCCAUUUGAAUGUGUCCUUUUAUUUCUACUAUUUAACGUAUGUUUUUGUUGUAAUUUCCUGAUUUUUGUCAUUCAUAUUUAGCAUAUCAUGUAUUUCUUUCUCCCAAGUAUUAAAGUAAACAGUGUUACUGUGUUACAAACCACAUUAUUUUAUCCUCUCAAGAUGGUCUCAUCAUUUGAAUAAAAAUGUUUCCU